AUGACCCAAAAUGGUUGCAUAUGUCCUGUGGUCAGCGGUUGUUUGGACUCUGAAGGGCUUGCUUUACACUUGGAGGUAUUUCUGGAAUCUGAGAAGCAGCACAAGCAGGUGAGGACUCAUCAGCAUGAGCGUAGCAGUGCCCUACACAAGAGGUUACUAAAGGCUGAGGGGGAGAUUCAGGAUCUGAAGGCUCAAAUUGCCAGUCAAAGGGCGUCAUGGGAGAUGCGGUUCACAGAGCUGCAGAGAAGACAGCAUGACCUGAGAGAUCAGCUGCACUCUGAGAUUGUGGUUAGGUCGAGUGCCUUGCACAAAGUCACUGAUUCUGAAGAAAUGAGUGAAAUCUUCUCAGAGGCUGGCUUAGAGAAUGGACAGCAUUUCGAGGAGAAAGAACACGACUAUUCCAGUGGCUUGAACCAAAUUCACCAGCUCAGAGGGCCGGAUAUGAGAUUACUGCAAGAUGGUGUUUACUCAAACAGUCUGACCUGCAGUCAGGCCACCUUUUCCACUGCUGUCGACUGCAGAUCCACCUCUGCCAUGUCUGUCAGCACUAGUGUCAGCUCAUGGAAAAGCGGGACUGGCCCCCACCGUGUCUUUGUGCCCCAUUCCCCAAUGGACUUGCAGACCGGCCACAGGGUGCGAGUUCUGCUGCCCUCUGGUCGAAUCAGCACUGGAACGCUACGCUACCUGGGUCAUCUGCAGGGCUCACCAGACAUUCACUUGGGUGUGGAGCUUGAGCUGGCUGAGAAUGGACAGCAAACGGGCACCUAUGAGGGCCAAUGCUACUUUGACUGCAAGCCUGGACAUGGUGCGUUCGUGGCAUUCAGCAAGCUGCUAAUGGCCUGGGAGUAGACAUACCAAUUAAAUCACAGAGAUGUUAGAAUGCAACCUAUGGACAUAUAUGCCAACUUGGGUAAACAGUUGUAGGUGCUCAUUUAAAAAACAUGUACAAAAAUAAACAGUAUUCUCAUUCCAUCUUAUUAAAUGGAACUUAUAUCUUUCUGGUCUUACAGUACUGGA